AUGGGCUUGUUUGCUCAAGAAUGUUUUUCAAGUACAAGAGAUCAGAACCCAAUUCUAGCUGACAUACUAUAUUAUGGCCAAUUAGAAGAUAUUGUUGAAAUGAGGAGGAUGAGGAGACUCUUUGACCUCGAGGGUGAUCGAUCACGUAGUAUCACCCCUGGUAGUGGUGCUGAUGAUACACUACCAUCUCCGGAUGCAGAUGCGGGUUAUUCAUCACCUGGCCCCUCUGAUGCAGUACCAGAACCAUCCCCUGAUGCAGGGGAUACUUGGACACCGACAUAUCCAUCUUAUACAUUCCACACGGACUUGCGGCCAAAGACACAGGACUAUCUUAGUUUACCUUUACCUCCAGCCUCUCAUAAGUCUAUGGCUGACGCAAGGAAGUACCAUACACGUGCUGCGAGAAAAUUAGAAGAAAUGCGUGAAAUGAUUGAGACACGAAAGAAGGUUGCACUCGCAGCAAAGGAAAGAGAGAUAGCGAAUGGUGCUAAGAAGGAUCGUAUCGAGAACAGACGUGGCGGAGGUAAGCCUGAUUCCAAACAACCGCCAAGAGGAAUGAGGGCAAUAAUUCGGUGGAAUAGUUCUAAUUUGCCCGUUGGUCCAUGGUCGACCCGCUUGAAUGCAUAUAUUGGGGUUCUAGUGCGUAGAGCGACCAUUAUCAACCCUUAUUUUCAAUUUCGAGAACUACCAUGGAGCGCAUACGAGGCGAUAUGGACAGCGCUUAUGGACUGCUUCUGCCUUGAGGACUUUGAGGGGGCUUGGAAUUAUGUGUUCAAUGUUAAGGUUGAAGUAGUUCUCAAACAAUGGAGGCAUGAGAUCAAACAUGAAACCUAUGACAGGUAUGAGGAGGACUGGCAGAGGUUUUUAAACCUCGACGCCCGAGUUGACGAGGUUCAUUUCACAGCUCUCCUCAUGUAUUGGGACAGCGAUGCCUCCAAGAAUAAAUCCACGAAGGGGUCAGAAAAUAGAAGAAAGAAGCUGCAUGACCACCACUUGGGCUCACACUCCUAUGCCAAUCUGGAGGAUGUUUAUUGUCAGGAUACGGGAAAAUCAUUAAUGCCAAUACACUUGAGGGCGAAAGCGGCGUAUGGCAUUUUCCGUGAUAGAUAUAGGGGUGAUGAGAAGAAUCGAGAUAAGAUCAAGGCAAAUCUCGAGUUGGUGGAGGGAUUUGAGGCUGCAUCCAAGGAGGCUGCAACUGUGUAUAUGUCGCAGCAGGAGGAACAAUCUGAGCCGGACCCUCACAUGCUUUCUGCAGAGGACAACAUUACUCUCACACAGCAUUUGAUGGGUCAUAAUAGGAGAGGGAGAUAUCCUCUGCAUGGUGUUGGAGCUUCACCCGGCGUAAGCAUGAGGUCAUCCACAGCAUCCUCCACAGCAUUUACAUCCAUGAGAGCAGCCCCGCCUCGGUUCCAGGCUAUGCCAUUUGUCGCACGUAUCUCUGCAUAUUUGCUUGACAAGAUUGACUCGGAGCUACAUAUCCAGGUGACUAAUGAGAUGACAAGAGUUGCGCUGACGGCGAACUCGAUGGAUGAUCUCCUGGGGUAUGUCAUGCAAUAUUUAAGCGGUGCGAUUCCUCAUAGCGCGUAUGGUGGUGUUAUACGGAUUAUAAGCUCGCUUGGCGAUAAUUCCGGUGCUGGUCAGAGCAACACUCAGAGUGGAGAUAUUGGAGGGAGCAGCACACGUUCUCGUAACCAGGAUAGAGAUACUGCCGACGACGACGACCGAUGAGGUUUAUGAGGUUUUUUGUGGAUUUUUAAUGCAAUGAACAGCUUUAUCUGUUAUAACAAUACUUAUAUGCGUGUUGGAUGUUAUAACAAUACUUAUAUGCGUGUUGGAUGUUAUAACAAUACUUAUAUGCGUGUUGGAUGUUAUAACAAUACUUAUAUGCGUGUUGGAUGUUAUAACAAUACUUAUAUGCGUGUUGGAUGUUAUAACAAUACUUAUAUGCGUGUUGGAUUUGUUUA